CAGGGAUUCGACAUGCAGAACCAACCAAUGUUCUUCGUCGAUCCUCACUCGCUUGGACAGCAGCAAUGAAGAAAUUAAGCUGCAGUAUGCUUUGAAGACAGAUGUCGACGAUUAUGACGCGCCUCAGACAGGCCACACUACCACGGCCACUAGUUCAUCUCGGCGUUGGAAGAACCUCCAUUCGUAAUAUACCCAUAAUUUCAUGUGGAUGCUUUUGCUUGCAAAGCCUGGCGAACUUUUUUUUUCGGGAUCUGGCGUGUUGAUUUUGUCCCUAUCUAUGUGUGUGCGGGUAGCAGGGGAAACGAAAACGCCCUGGGCGAGUCGCGGAUUUUACGAAUCUCUCUUAAUUUUUAGUCAAAACGGCGUUUAUACUGCCGCAGUGCGAGCGCGGACACGAAUGGAUCUUGGGGGCUGGUCUGAUGAGAGGAAGAAUGGCCUCUAUGGCUUGGAGAAGAUGGAAUCUAUCGAGGAUGGAAAGACGGGCCUUGAAGGAUAUACCCCGAGGGCGAGGACGGAUGAUGGGGGAUGGGGGUUUUCAAAGGGAAGGCAAAUCAUUGUGGAUCUGUGCUUUGCUUUUGCUAUGUAGUUUGUGUGUGGGUGUGUGUGUUUGGACAAGUCUCUUGCACGGGAGUGAGUGGUUGCUGUUUAGCGGACAUGUUGCGAAAAAUCUCUCUCCUGUAGUCAUCGUUUUUCUUGCGACCAGUGCUUAUUGCCUUCUGCCCGGAGCCGAAGGUGCGCUGAGUUGGCUUGGAAAAUACUCGCUCGGUAUGAAAGAAAAAUUCCUGGCAUUUUG